GGUACCUUUACCUAGGUAGGCAUCCCUACCUACGGUACGCGAGCAGCCUUGCAGUGCCACUAGUCUUUUUGCGCAUACUUUAGUUCAGAGCAACCAUUUUUGCUAAACGCUGCGCACGCACGCCCUUUGGUUGAUGGACCGCGCGGGGCGCCGGCGGCCACCGCGGCGCGGACGACUCGCGGCGGCCCUUUUUGCAGCGCUCCGCGCGAGGCCCGCCGUUUCCCUGCGGCCGCCGCGCCGACCGGCGCCGCGACCGACGGCGCCGCGCUUCGAGCUCGGCCACGUGACCGCCGAGGGUCUCGCGUCGGCGUUCCUCGGCGGCACGGUCGGUGCCGUCGGCUCGGUCGUCGCGAUCGAGGCCAAGCGCGUCAAAGUUAAGAAAAGCAAGCAGUGUCCCUACUGCGACGGAACGGGCGCUAUCGCCUGCGCGGCGUGCCUCGGCACCGGCUUGACGGACGGCGAGCCGUGCCGGCUCUGCGGCGGGCGGACCGUGCACACGUGCGAAAAUUGCAAGGGCCGCGGCCGCUUCAUCCCGACGAUGCUCGACGCGCGAGUCUCGCGCGAUCCCGAGACGGAGCUCGAGGAGAUCGGGCUCCAGUAAGGAGAGAGAAAGAAAACCCUCCAGUGCAAAUUACCCUCAGGUAUAGGAUUACAGCGGUGGUUCGAGCGGUGAUCCUCAAAUGCAAACUAUCCAGCUAGGUAGUAGUUUCAGGCGGGC